AAACAAAUCGCAAAACUGAAUGAUCGAUUUAUGCAACUUACAGCUGACUUUCUUGAACUACAAGCCCAAGUAACAGGCCUCAAAACUGAUAACCAAAAGGCAACAUUAGACAUUGAUGAGCUAAGACAUCAGAAAACAACCCCGGUGGAUCAACAAAAACAUCAAAACUUUUGGAAUACAUUAACACAUACUGGACGCAAUCAUGAAGCUAGACCAGAUUCCUGUAAUUGCCACACAGAGAUUCAAAGACUUGAGAGAAAGAUCCAGAAUGUGACAAUGACGAUGGAGAAGGACAUACAGUCACGUCAUACUAUCAUACACAAGAUCCACAAAGUGGAGAAUGACAUGAAUAAACACAAUAGACACAUUAAUAGGAUGGAGCGGAAUAUGGAGCACCUGGAGCAAAAGAGAGGGCAUCAGGCUGACAUGGAUCCCAGACAGGGGAGCGCAAUGACAGAUAUAAGACAACAGAUGCAACGUCUGGAAGAUGAGAUUGUUUACUUAAAGAGUGCACCCCCAGUUACAGCACCCAUACCUGCCGCUCCACUUAAUGCACCCCAAGAUGCUGGACCAUGCCCUAAAGACUGGGUACACUAUAUGUCAUCAUGCUACAAGUUUGAGAAUGUGACAGUGAACUGGCCAAUGGCAGAGAGGCAUUGUCGGGCCAUCCACCCCGAAUCAACGCUGCUCUCGGUAGAAACCCAGCAAGAGAAUGAGUUCAUCAUUGCGUACAGAGAUUACAAUGGAGCUGAAUGGACCAGCCCAUGGUGGUGGGCUGGGGGUACAGACAUGGAAAGAGAGGGCAGCUGGAUGUGGAUCGGCACAAGAAAGCCUAUAACAUUUCACUAUUGGAUCAAACCUGGUGCAGGACAGCGAGAGGAUGAAGAAAAUUCAGACUGUAUGUACUACACAUCAAAUGGAGACCAUAGGUGGGAUGAUUGGAACUGUAAAUCUAUUAAGAUUAACUUUGUAUGCGAGAUUAUCCUGUGAACAGGUUAAAUAUGCGCUUUAUAUAUAUCUAUCAGUAAAACAUGAAUUAAGUUCCUUGUGUGCAAUUGUAUUGUAUUUUCUACUUUCAUACACCUAUUUUUCAGACACCUAUUAAGGGUCUGUGUUACACAGCAGCAUUUUGACAAAGAACUUCAAACGAAUAAUUUUUGAUAUGUUACACAGGCACAAAAAUCUUUGUUAAGUUUGCAAAUUCGUAACCCUGAUGUGUAACCAUUGAUGUACCAUUGACAACCCAUUGACUAUACCACUGUAAUGGCAAAACAUCAUAUUAUAUUUUAUUCAUUAUUCACAAUUUGUGUUUAUUUCACUAUUGUAAAUUCAAGAUGCACGCAUUAUAACAUGUAUAUACCAGUGAAUGUACAUAUACCUUUAUGUAUCUAUCAAACAAUCCAUGAAUGAGAAGUAUGUACUACUAUGUUUGUCUAAAAUGACAAGUAAAAAACAAACCCAGUGAACCUUUUAACGGAACAAUCAGUGUAAUAAGAUUAACAGUAAAUCAAGCAGUGGAACAGAAUGACAUGCGAAUCUUACCUAACAUUGAAGGUUGAAAAUCAAUGAUGCUAUUCAUGCCUCAGUCACAUUUACGCCAACUGAUGGCUCGCACCUGUGCAAUGUCUUAAAAAAUCAGUCAAAAAUCUCAUGGAGUCAAUACAGUUCCUUGUCUUGAUUUAAACCAAAAAUCUCAUCAACCAGGUGCCUUUUCGCAAAUGUGACUGAGGUUUGAAGCACUUGAGCGUUUUGCGAGGGAUCGCCAAGCAUACAAACUGUUUAUGGAGGAAGAACAAGGUAGAUGAUGUAGAUAUUAGAUAAUAUACCUUAGAUUAUGUCAAUACAUAUUGUGACAGAACAUUGACAGAAAACUUAUAUAUGAACCAUAUAUACUUCAGGUCAAUUGUACAUAUUAACGUGGUAUUCAUACACUGACAUUAUUGUCUCCAUUGAUUAAACAACAAAUUAUUUUUUCAAAAAUAUUGUGACUUGGUGACAUAUAGAGAACUAAAUUGACUUAAUCUAUAUUAUUCUAGAAACAUAAUGAUGUGUGCUUUUUUAAGAAUACAUGGAUUAGAAGAACAAUCAUAAAAGGUGACUUUUGGGUCACAUUUUUAAACCUGAUGAAAAAUUAUUAAUUUCACUAACACAAAAAUAAUUGAUCAACCUUCUAGUUUUCAGCCUUUUUGAUUUAAUGAUAGGUAACUUUUUUUCUAAAAAUGCAUUAGGCAAUGCAAAGUCAAUUUUUACCUAGCUUAAUAAAAGGUGAUGUAAUGAUGCAUUUUAUUCUUGCAUUUCAACUUUUACCUCAAUUUUGCCAAGAAUCUAGAUAACAUUU